AUGCCGACCCGGGAAGAAGUCUCAUAUUUUGGAGCUGGUCCAGCUCCUCUACCUACCUCUGUAGUGGAGGCUAGUGCAAAGGCAUUCGUCAACUUCAAUAAUUCCGGUCUUGGACUCGGCGAGAUCUCGCACCGUUCGCCAACCGCCAACAAGAUCCUCAGUGAUGCCAAGGCCAGCCUGACUGCCCUCCUCAGCAUCCCGGAUAACUAUGAAAUCUUGUUCAUGCAGGGUGGUGGUAGUGGCGGCUUCAGCGCUGUCGUCCAGAACCUAGUGUCGGUCUGGAUCGAACGACGACGUCGUCGCGCCGAGGCGGAUGUCCUGGCCACCAACCCCGGUGUAGACAAGACUCAGGUCGAUGAAUUGGUUUUCCAAAGACUGAAGGAGGAGGUUGACGAGGAGCUGAAGCUGGAUUAUCUGGUGACAGGAGCUUGGUCCCUCAAGGCCUCGCAGGAAGCCGCCAGAAUGAUCGGCUCCAAGUAUGUCAAUGUCGCCCUGGACGCUCGCAAAGCCAAUGAUGGGAAAUUCGGCAAAAUUCCUGCUGAAGAAACCUGGUCGUUGACUCCUACUAAGCGUGAGGGUGGCAAGGGCUCGGCAUUUGUCUAUUUCUGCGACAACGAGACCGUGGAUGGUGUGGAGUUCCAAGCCUUCCCCAAGGUAUUGGAAGCACAAGGCCAAGAUGAGGAAGAUGAGCGGAUUGUUGUUGCCGAUAUGAGCUCCAACUUCAUCAGCCGUAAGGUUGAUGUUAGCAAAUAUGCGGUGAUCUUUGGUGGCGCACAAAAGAACAUUGGUGUCGCUGGUAUUACCAUCGCCAUCGUUCGCAAGGACCUUCUUCCUCCUCAGACCACAACUCCUCCUGCCUCUCUUCUCCACCGUUUGAAUAUUGGCGGUCUUCCUGGUUCAAUUGUCUUUGACUACGCCACAACUGCCAAGAAUGAUUCACUCUACAACACGCUCCCCAUCUUCAAUCUCUGGGUUGCGGGAGAGGUGAUGGGUGAGCUUGUGAGCACCUUCGGCGCACAAAAGGUUAGCGGACAAGAACAAAUUGCCGACCAAAAGGCAGAACUCAUCUACGGAGUUUUGGACAAGUACCAAGAUGUGUACCAGGUUGUUCCCGACAAGACUGUCCGUAGUCGAAUGAACAUCUGUUUCCGUAUUCACGGCGGAGAUGAUGCCAAGGAGAAGGAAUUCUUGCAAGGUGCUGAGAAGCUAUUGCUCCAGGGUCUUAAGGGCCACCGCAGUGUCGGCGGUAUGCGUGCCAGCAACUACAAUGCGGUUCCCCUGGAAAACGUCCAGAAGCUGGUGAAGUACCUUGAGGCCUUUGCCACUGGGCAGUAG